AUGUCAAAAGUACCAAGAAAUUUUAGGUUGUUAGAAGAACUGGAAAAGGGUGAAAAAGGGUUUGGCCCAGAAUCCUGUAGUUAUGGUUUGGCUGAUAGCGGCGAUAUCACCAUGACUAAAUGGAACGGUACUAUCUUGGGCCCCCCUCAUAGCAAUCACGAAAACAGAAUAUACUCUCUUUCCAUAGAGUGUGGCCCAAACUAUCCGGAUUCCCCGCCUAAUGUUACAUUUAUCUCCAAGAUAAACCUACCAUGUGUGAGUCAAACUACGGGUGAGGUCCAAACAAAUUUUCACACAUUGCGUGAUUGGAAAAGGGCCUACACCAUGGAAACUUUAUUACUAGAUCUCAGAAAAGAAAUGGCAACUCCAGCUAAUAAGAAAUUGCGUCAACCAAAGGAAAAUGAAACCUUUUAA